ACACAUAGCAGAGCCAAAACAAGCCGAGGGGAGAAGGCACGAGUACAAUGACUGCUGAAAUCAUAAAAGACAUCUCCGCGACAAGCUUUCCCCAACCCGACUCACCUGUCUCAUCAGCACCAGAAAACGGCCAGCUGUUAUUCAUCCGAAACGUCGCGUCCCGUCGGGAUACGCAGACCACCAGCGGCAGCGCGAACCUCGACGGGGGCAGCUCCCAGCCCCUCGUAUCCUCAGCCACAGCCGAACCCCAGUCGUACACCAUGACAUCGGGCGAAUUCAUGCGAUCCACGCCUGUGUUCGCGCAGAGAUCCAAGAAGAACCUGUUUUUUAAGAUCUUAUGUUUCCUCGUGCUCCUUCUCCAGGGUGGCAUGCUGGAUUUCUACCUCAUCGUCUUCACGGAUCUCUACUGGUGCUCGUGGAUAGCCACGGAUUUGGUGGUUAUAUCGGGAUGGGGGAUCUUCUUCAUGAAAAACGCGAGAAGCAAACGAGAACGCGCUUGCGGUUUCCACCAGAAAGGCUCCAUCUUCGGCUGCAACCUCGGGGAGUUCACCUUCGCGUACCUGGCAUGGCUCAUCUAUGUGAUCGCGUCCACCCCGAAGGUGGUGCUCGUUUUGGAAACGUCCAUCCUGGAUCUCAUCGCCCUGAAAGUGCCGUUCGGCAUCACGGGGUUUAAAAUAACCGUGUUACUCUGUGCGCCCUUACUUUACUGUCUCAUCAACGCCAUCAUUGAGGAUCCCAACGGUGCCACGCGUUUCCAUUCUCAAGGUUGCUUCCUGGGCACCUGCAUUGACAUCCUGGACAGCUUCACUUUGGUGGAAAUGCUCCUUAAAAAUGAAAUUCCCGACGUGUACCUUAAGUACACGGUCAUAUCUGUGUAUUUCAUCGCGUUGGGCGUUCCGGUUGUGUGGCUUUAUGAGUUGACGGCCUCGGAGAUGAACUGUCGCUGGAUAUGGGCGAGGUUCUUCACCGGUUUACUGGUUAACGCACCGUUGCUGGUGGUCAGAUGUUUCAUCGUGUUCGUUUACAAAACGCCCGUUUCUGUUUUCAUGUUCAAAAACGUGUUGUUUUUGGGGUGUAAGUCCCUGGAGAUGAUCGAUCAGUGCGCGUCUCUGAGGGGUGCCCGGAGGUUUUCACGUGGACGCGGCGGGAACGCGGCCCAGUUCUCUCAUUGCGUUUCAGAGAACGACAUGUGUCCUCACGGUUAUGUGAACACGUUGGCUGUCAAUACUCAAUCGUAGGUGCUACAACCAAACCACUCAAUGUGCCAAUGAAGAAACAUUCCCACCUGUGACCUCUGCCGUAUUUACUCCAUGUUAUGGACGUGACUGUAUACCAGUGCUUACACGACGAUAAUGACGAAAACCUUUUAUUUGCACUUGUUUUGUGAGGCACUUUAAUUGCGUGAGAACUGCAACAGGGGAAAUGUUAUAAGUGCAAUGUUGUAUCAUUUAUUUUCUAUGUCCUCGAUCUUUUUUCAGUAGACUAACAUAGGCUGAUGUUUCUAGUGUUUUCAAAGAUGUUCCUAAACGCACUUCUCAAAAGCGUAAAUAUGCCUUGUGACUUGUACACCAGAUUGUGAUCGUGAUGUGGUCCCUUCCCAUUUCGAAUUCUUGGCCAAUGGCAGUGGUACUUACGAAUGUGGAAAGGUGUAUGAUACAGAUUUAUGAUGUUUCUUAAUGUUAAUAGACGACUUUAAGUAUAGAAUCUAUGAGGAUAACUGUAAUACAUCUUUAAUGACCAAACUUUCACGUGCCGGCCACAUCCAGCCAUAUCACUUCCAUGGUGCCGUCCCAUCAGAACUAGGCUACCUCUCUCUACCAGAAACCAUGAACACGUGGGGUUAUUAACUUCAGAUGCUAUACAUUCAUUCCAGCAAUUAAGGUAUUAUCACAGUUACUGAUAUUUUAACUGGCUGAGAAAAUGCUAUUAUUUUAUUUGAUAAAAAGAUAGAAUACAAGGACUCUACAUGCACUGCAUCUGUCGGAAUGAUAAUCCAGACAUGCAUAUUACAAGAUCAAUGUACAUUACUUACACCAAGAAUUACAGCAAUCCAUAUACCAAGUCUUAAAAAUAAUUCGCUUUCUAUUUAAAUCUCACUCCAACUCUCAAGCUUAACCUAAAAGGCAAACUUGUCGUCACUUAUCAACAAGGUUAUACGCAGAGUAUAUAUAUAUAUAUAUAUUAACAACAUAUUACUAACCAAUGUGCAUCUUAUUAUUAUUACGUUAACAUAUUACUAUUUUAUUUUUGUGCUUUGAGGAUGGGGUACAGGGUGAGCUAAAUGUGUUAAAUAUGCAGGCCGACAGUGCAUUAUGGGAUUUUUGUGCCUCAUCGCGCAGUAUAUAACCCAACAACUGUAUAUCACUGCAUACUACGCAUGUUUUUUUUAACUACAGGUUUUAUUGUAUGUACAGUACAAAACCUUUUGAUAAGGAACGCUAUUUCCAAACCCAACUCUAUAUUUAUCCACUUUAAUGUUUUACAGAGGAUUUUCUCACA